ACGUCAAAUAGACAGAGCUCAAUUUUGGCUCUACAAUUUCGAUAUUACUCGCUGGUCGACAGAGAGGGGUUUGCGCCUCUAUGGGGCAAUGUUUCGUGUUAAUUAUUCGCAUGUGGAAAGCAAUGCCGAGACAAGAAAAGUCUGACAGUGGGAGUGAAGUUUGUGGAAAAAGUGGACUCUUGCCUUUAGGCUGAUCCAAUUGCGGUUUCACGGUGGGUGAAAAAAGGGGUUUGGUCAUGUGGAAUCGGUGAGGGUAACUUGAAGUGGUCUAGUGAUAAUUGUUUUGUCUUUCUGCUGAGGACGAAUGCGCUCCAAGUAAAACGAAUGGGGGUCAAAAAUGUUUGCUGUCCGAAGCUUUCGAUCUUUACAAUUCACAUUUUCACAGCUUGGAGGCACACAACAAUGUAUCAGAAGUCUGUCAGGCUCGUCUAAUGUAGUCCAGAAGAACGAUGACAUGCCUUUACAGAUGGAGAAUCCAUACAAACAACCACAGAAGGGCUGCAUUCUCUGUAACAUCACAGUGGACUUCAAGAAUGUUCAGCUGCUGUCCCAGUUUAUAUCCCCACACACAGGAAGAGUUUACGGCAGGCACAUAACAGGUCUAUGUGGUAAGAAACAGCGGGAGAUCGCCAAAGCCAUAAAGAAAGCUCAUUCGAUGGGAUUCAUGUCUGUAACCCACAAGGACCCAAAUUUUAUGAAAGAUCCAAACAUCUGUGACAUCCGGCACUUGGAGUAACUGUGUCCGCCUGUAUUGUGGAGCUAGUCUAGCAUAGAUACUGUAAUUGUGUAUUAAAACAUUUUUCAAUGUGGAA